AUGGCCACUGCUCCUCCGCGGAAAAGUGACAUGGCGUUUGUGGACGGUGCCGCAGAUACCACCGAGGUGGGCAUAACUGAGGCCGCCGCCGCCGCCGCACCUCCCUCUACAUUUGCCGGGAAGGUGCAGCAUUACUGCGCAUACGCGGUGGAUGGAACACGACGGCGACUCGCGAUGGUGUGUCCAUGGAAGGAGUUCUUUGACCGGCAGAGUUUCUCGCUUCCGUCAGGUCUCAGUGAUUUUUUCAGCCGCCUUAACCGCAACAUCAAUCACUACUACCACAACUACAUCAUCAUGGCACUAUUGUGCUCGUCUUAUGUGCUGCUUCUGAACCCAGCGUUUGCGUUGUGUUUCUUGCUUACUGUAAUGAUGUGUUGGUUUGUAAGUGCAAAGCGGGCGGAAGCGGCGGAGACAAACAGCAGUCACUUCACCGUGGCUAGUCAUAAAAUAACCUUUCCACGGGCGUAUCUAUUUAUUACCCUCUUUGCGGGUCUUUCAUUUUUUCUCACAGAUGGUAGUUCGGUGGUGUUUUGGUUGGCUUUGUCGUCUGUAGGCGUUGUUGUGGUGCAUGCGGCGAUGCGCAAGCCAUCGGUGGAAGAGCAACCCUUCUCAUUUGUGUAG